GGUGUAUUGUGGGACACAGAGUAAGAUGGAGGCGACUAGCAGCUGCAUGGUGAAGCUUCAAUAACAUGUAUUUCAAAGGGUUAAAUAUCCGCGUGAAGCUUUUAUUCUAACUCCAGUGUUAGAAUAAACAAGGUGACUCCACCGGAGAGAAGCACGUGACCAGCGGGGAGACAGAACACGUGGGACAUGUCUGUGCUUGGAGCUUUGCUGAGAGCCGGAGCGACCUUCCGUCACUCUGCUGGGAGCCUGCUGCAAACAGCCAGGGGCUUUUCCACGGGUACGUGCUGCCAGAUCAGGAUGCACGCCAUCCCUCAGCCGAAGAGGGUGGACAGGUGGACCGAGAAGAGGAGCAUGUUCGGAGUUUAUGACAACAUCGGCAUAUUAGGAGAUUUUAAAGCUCAUCCCAAAGACCUUAUUAUAGCCCCCUGCUGGUUGAAGGGUUUCAAAGGUAAUGAACUGCAGCGUCUAAUUCGUAAGAAGAAGAUGGUGGGAAACCGAAUGAUGACGUUGGAAAAACACAACCUGGAGAAGAGGAUCAAAUUCCUCUACAAACACUUCAACCGCUUCGGCAAACAUCGCUAACCUCAAGUCAACCGACCAGCCAAUAGGAACUGUUUAUGUCAUGUUCUCACUGUGCCGGAUGUUUCCAUGUUUCUAAGAUGCGUUAUCUAUUUUGAAUCAUUUAUUGAUUGUGUUUGUCCCUGUUAACAAUAAUGAUUAAUUAUGAUUUUUUUUUUUUUCAAACACAAAAUGCGUAAUAUAAAAACCUGAAAAUACAUUAUAAAAAUGGAUUUGAAAAGAA